GCAACGGACUCAAACAGUUCUUGAUGAAAAUAGAACUGAGAAACCGAAGCAGAUUUACGCUGAUUUUUCACGAAUAAAUCUCCAAAAUGCCGCCGAAAGCAAAGGGAAAAGGCAAGAAAAAAGCUGCUAAACCAAAAAGUGCCACCAUUAUUGAUGGCAUUAGCACUGAGGAAAUGUCUAAAGAACAGUUGGAAGAGCACGUCAGUCGUCUUCGUGAGGAGCUGGAUCGCGAGCGUGAAGAACGCAACUACUUCCAGUUGGAACGCGAUAAAGUGAACACGUUUUGGGAGAUCACGAAGAAACAGUUCGAAGAGAAGAAAUCCGAGUUGAGAAACAGAGAUCGGGAAAUGGAAGAAGCGGAAGAAAGACAUCAAGUCGAGAUCAAAGUUUAUAAACAGAAAGUGAAACAUUUACUUUACGAACAUCAGAAUAAUAUCACAGAACUUAAGGCUGAUGGUUUAGUGUCGCUGAAGUUGGCUCAAGACGAACACAGGAAUAACGAACAAGAUCUUCGCAAAGACAAGCGAGGGUUGAAGAUUGAACUUAAAGAACAAGAACUGUCUCAUGAAGAUAUAAUCAAGAAUUUGAAAAGGGCUAACGACGAGAAUAUCACAAAGCUGAGGCAGGAUUAUGAGCGUGAAGUGAAAGAGGUGGAAUCAAAGUACGAUAAAAAAUUACGAUCUUUGAGAGAAGAACUGGAGCUACGUCGAAAGACUGAAAUUCAUGAAAUCGAGGAGCGCAAAAACAGUCAAAUCAACACGCUUAUGAAAAAUCACGAAAAAGCGUUUAGCGACAUUAAGAAUUAUUACAACGAUAUAACGUUGAACAACCUGGCGCUUAUCAACUCUCUCAAGGAACAAGUGGAAGAUAUGAAAAAAAAGGAGGAGAGAAUGGAGAAACAAAUGAACGAGAUAAUGGCAGAGAACAAAAGACUUACAGAACCACUACAGAAAGCUCGUGAACAAGUUGAGGAACUUCGCAAACAACUGGCAAAUUACGACAAAGAUAAAGCGUCGCUGGCUAGUGCCAAAGCAAGGUUGAAAGUCCAAGGAGACGCAUUGAAUAAACUACAAUGGGAACAGGAAGUUCUGCAGCAACGAUUCGCCAUGACACAGAGCGAACGCGAUGAGCUUUACAAUAAAUUUGUGAAGGCCAUUCAUGAAGUUCAACAGAAGAGUAAUUUCAAGAAUCUUCUGUUGGAGAAGAAACUCGGAGCUCUGGCUGACACGCUGGAGAAGAAGGAAGCCCAGUUGAACGAAGUCUUAUCGGCCUCAAAUCUUGACCCAACAGCACUGACUGUUGUUACCAGGAAACUAGAGGACGUCCUUGACUCAAAGAACAGCGCGAUUAAAGAUCUUCAGUAUGAACUUGCUCGCGUUUGCAAAGCUCAUAAUGAUCUUAUCCGAACAUACGAGGCGAAACUUAAAUCAUUUGGUGUUCCUGUUGAAGAACUUGGAUUCCAGCCUCUUGAAAGCAACGUAGGCGGUCAAAGUUUGGGUCAAGGCCCAGCCGGAUUAGUUGCUGCACCAACGUAAACUUUUCUACAGCGUAGAUAUUUAACUAGCUUCAGUAUCUGUACAUAAAGGAUUAAUAAUGUAAAAUAAAGUGCCAUGCAGUGAUCGAUGCCGAUGGCGAUGAUAAUAUGGUGGCAUUAUGGCUUUGGUAAUGUGGUGAUUGUGUUU